GUGUGUCGUAAUUAGAUAAUUUAAAAAAGAAAAUAAACAAAUAGAGCCCGAUAUAUUAAAGAAACGUUAUUUUGAGUUUUGCAAGAAUAAUUAGAUGGAAAAGCAGUUUAAAAAUAUUAACAUAUAUUACUGGUAUUAUUGACAAUUCGAAUGGAAACUGUAGGAUUGGACAAACGAGAGCUUCCACCGACAAAUCAGAAGCGGAUGGUUGCUUUCAUAAAUCACUUCAUCCUUAAUACAGUCAGUUUUCUUAACAAGUUUGCUUCGGACUGUGAAGAUAAAUUUAUAGACUAUGAACACAAAAUUCAGUCUUUAGAAGCAUCAUUACUGAUAGUGGAAGCAAAAAUUGCAUCAAUCGAUGCACUGAAUAGCGGUGUCAACGUCACAAACAAUGAAACAGAAUCGACUUUGAAGGCUGAGAUAACUGAGGACAUACCAGUUGACCCUCUGCAGGAAUCUAUUAGCGAAGAAGUAGAAACGGUGAGAGAUGCAAGAUAUGACAAGUACUUCAAAAUGAUACAAGUGGGUGUUCCAGUCAUGGCGGUUAAAAAUAAAAUUCGUUCCGAAGGUCUAGAUCCCAAUUACAUUGACAACCACCUGUGA